AUGACUCAAAAGGCUUCAUCUCAAGGUCUUUCCACUCAUCUGUAUCUUAUCAAUUCCGACUUGUUUGAAUAUGACUUGGAUGCAUUCUUGACAUGGAAAGGUGUAGAACAUGUGUUCAACAACAAUGGAUUGGUUCUUCUAAAAGUCGUAGAUCUUUCAAGCAAUCAUUUUUCAGAAGAAAUUCCACCUGAAAUUGCAGAUUUGAUUCAAUUGGUCUCAUUGAAUUUAUCAAGAAACAACUUCGCAGGGAAAAUUCCAUCAAAUAUUGGAAAUCUAACCUCACUUGACUCCCUUGAUUUGUCACGAAAUAAGUUGCUUGGUUCAAUUCCUCCUAGUCUAUCUCAAAUAGACCGGCUUAGUGUGUUAGAUCUGUCACAUAAUCAAUUAUCUGGCAAGAUUCCAACGAGUACACAACUACAAAGUUUCAAUCCCUCAAGUUACGAAGAUAAUCUUGAUCUUUGUGGACCACCAUUUGUAAAAUUUUGUGUUAAAGGGAAACCACCACAUGAACCAAAAGUAGAAGUUCAAGACGAUGAAGAUUUGCUUCUCAAUCGUGGAUUUUACAUCAGUCUGACAUUCGGAUUUAUUAUAGGCUUCUGGGGUGUCUUUGGCUCAAUCCUAAUCAAGCGUUCUUGGAGACAUGCUUAUUUCAGGUUCAUGAACAAUUUAGUGGAUAAUAUUUAUGUCAAAUAUAGAUGGGGACGCAAUGAUUAA